AUCAUUAAUAAUGAAGAUACUGAGAGAGAUCAAGAAGACUAUGUCCAUGCCCAAAAGAAAGCCUCCAGUAAGCAAAAACUUCUAAUUCAUGGUCAAGCCUUGGUCAAUGACGAUGUCCAGGACCAGCAGGAGGACCACAAUUAUUAUGAUGAUGAAGGUGAGACAGAAAAGGGAAUCAUUAAGAAGAGAAAACAUCUCACUCCCCGCCCACAUCCUCCAAUCAAAAUUCGUAAAAAGCAUAAAGAAAAUUCAGGGACUCCCAUGUUUUAUAAUAAUGUCCAGGAGGAAAUGUCUCCAGACCAGCCAAAUUAUUUGGUGAUACUUUUAGUUUCUGUCUCCCCAUUUUUUAUCUUGUUUUUCUUCUUACUUAAGUUCAUACGGAAACGGAGGGUUCACAUACGUUACUAUUUUUGAAAGUGUAGAUGUUUACUUGGGAUUCUCUCAUAAGAAAAUGUGGCCUAUCACUGGUUUCAGAUUAAUCUUCCUUAGUUUAUCUACCUUACAAAAUUUUUUGUUUAUUGAAUUUCGUGUACAAUUAAUGUUGAAACAUUAACACAGUUAACU